CGCAGAGUAGAGCAGCGUACACGCAGUAAGUGACCGACCGCCGCGAACAACGUUCCAUUCGCGCGGGAAAUACAACUUUUUAAAAGUCCGGGCGUAAAAUAACUAACCCACUUUCGCGGUAUUCAAAUAUUUGUAAUCAUGUUAGAAUCCACAAAGAUACAUACACCUUCGCAAAUGUCGAGAGUAUUCGAUAUCGCGAAGGAUACGGUACUAUUCCUAUUGUUAUCCUGUUACUAUAUCCUGGAAUCACUCUUCUGGACCUUGAUGCCAAACGCUAUAAGGCCUAUGAAGAACCUAAAGGGGGAUGUGGUCGUGGUAACCGGCGCGGGCGGCGGUGUUGGCCGACAUCUGUCCAUUAAACUGGCGCGUCUUGGAGCCAAAGUUGUAGCAUGGGAUAUCAAUAAAGAGGCUCUACAGAAGACUUGCACCACACUUACCGACGAGGGGUAUGAAGUAGCAAGUUACAUCGUGGACCUCGCAGACCGGGCCUCAGUUUAUAACACUGCUGAGAAAGUAAAAAAAGAGGUGGGAAAGGUGGACAUGCUUAUCAACAAUGCUGGGACGGUGUUUGGAGAAACCUUGCUGGAACUAAGCGACGCUGCCAUUGAGACUACAUACAAAGUCAACAUACUAUCCCAUUAUUGGACUGUGAAAGCGUUCUUACCCGACAUGAUAAAGUCGGGCAAAGGGCACAUAGUGACGGUGGGUUCGGUCGCCGGGUUACUCGGCACUUACCGCUGCACCGACUACAGCGCCACCAAGUUCGCCACAGUCGGCUUCCACGAGAGCUUAUACACAGAGCUAAGGGCUCACGGCCACAACACGAUCUACGCUACGCUAGUAUGUCCUUACUACAUCAAUACGGGUAUGUUCGACGGCGUCUCGCCGCGCCUCAUGCCGAUGCUUGAGCCCGACUACGUAGCCGAGACUAUGAUAGACUCCAUCAGGAAGAACGAGGUCAACUGUGUCAUGCCCGGCUCGGUUAGAUACCUCCUACCGCUUAAGUGUUUGCUGCCAGCUAAAAUGUGCUGGGACCUGAUGCAUCGCGUUAUGAAAGGACCUCAGUCCAUGAUGGACUUAAAGAAGAAACCAAAUUUGGCUUAAAAAUAAGCCAGGUAAAAUCUCAGACUAUUCAAUGUUUAGAUAAAAAUGUAUAA